AUGAAUGAAGAAAUAAUAUUAUACGAUGAAGGACCUGUUGCAAGUCUUAUUUCAGUGCAAGAGGAAGACAACCGAUCUAUAUUGGACCUAUUUGAUUAUUACUAUGAAAAAAGAAGCUGCUUCAAUAUUAAAUAUAAUAUAGGGGAAGUAGAAGACAACCAAAGAAAGCAGUUGUUGGAGUUACUUAGAGAAAAUCCUAAUCUUUGUGCUCAAGAUAUCUCUGAGUUGGGCCAGACUGAUAUAAUUCAGCAUUGUAUUCCAACCCAAGACUCUACAAUACCUUCUAGUUAUACUAGUGCCCAGAUUAGAAUUUUGAAGCUUAAAACACAUCAUUAUCUCGCCCGAGAAGGACUGUUAUACAAGAAGAACCCCCGGAACCCUUUCAGACCGUUACAAAUAUUGAAGCUACAAGAAGUUGAACCC